AAAGCCCCGAGGUGGAACUCGGGGUAGACACUCCGAUGCUUAAGUCAGCAAUAAUCGGGGCUACCUUUAGGGCGGAGAUAAGAAAAGCUUAAGGUUGGUUUCAAUUACCUUUUGACGUGGCCCGGAGGGGGUAUUUAUAGGAUUCAAUGAGGAACCCACGUGGCAUGCCAAGCAAGAUAGUCGGAGCCUGACAUGUCUAUCCAAACGAUUAUUCCGGGACCGGGAAUUUGAGGGGUAUUCAGAUGCACGGGUGUCCACCGUUUCUACUGUGUCGCUCAUCAUAAGGAAUCAGGUGUGGACAUGCUUACUGUCAUUAUCAUGCAGCUAUUUGAGCGGGAAGCUUCAGAUUCAUUCCUCACUUCGCGAGGGAAUUGUAUGAACAAAGAGAAUACAGAUAAGUUAUGGAAAUAUAAGGGUGAAAGCUUGGACAAACGCCACGCGCGAGAGGAGGCUCUGAGGUACGGAGGAGCUUCUGUGGUGAAGCACGUCCUUGAGAGCGCGAGCUGGGUGAACGGUCUAGCCCAGGAGUUCAGAGAGAGUACCAAGGAGCGCGUACUCUUGCAGAGGCAAUGUGACCAGCUGCGAAAGGAGAAGGAAGAGCUGGAGAAUAAGAAUAAGGAGCUACAAGGGUCGCUGGAUAAGGUGGUGCCAACUCUGCAGCAGUUGGAACAGGAGAGGGCUUCCCUGGGCACCAAGCUCGGCUUUGAAGAGACCAAGCGAAAGAUCUCUGAAAGCGAGCGUGAGGCUCUUGCGCAAGAGUUGAAACUAACAAAGGAGGCCUUCUUAGAGCUGAAGGGGAAUGUGCAGACCCUGGUGCACAACGCGAUGAAGGAGCACAUCAGCAACUUCAUCAGCUCUAGCUCGUUUGACAACAUCGUCAACCUCUACCGAUUGCCAACUGCCAUCAUUGCCUUCACGGACUGCAGAAAGAAGGUGAAGACUGUCUAUCCCGAAGUGGAUGUGACAAGGAUAACCUUUGGAGAACAAGAAGCUGGAGUGGAGGAAGAUGGUGAAAGUAUGUCAGCAGACUUCCGCCCAGAAAUCAAACUGAAGUGGGAGCACGAUGCUGAUGGACGCACUGUUUUCCCUCCGAACUUCGACUUCGAGUUCGUGGCAGUGGAAGAAGGAGGGGCAGAGGUAGAGGAAGAUGAGGUGGAGGCAGGAGUGGAAGGAGCUGGAGUGGAUGAGAGCCAACCAAUUCCAGAAGUGGAGAUUCAUCCAGUUCCUUCUGAUGAUGAUCAGCCUCUCCUGCUAGACGAGCAGCAACCAGUACAGCCACCUCUUCCAGCUGGAGAAGAGCCAGUGGAGCCACCUCCUCCAGCAGAGAAUUAAAAAUUUUGUGUGUUGUUUUUUAAUUAGUUUUAAUUUUGUAAAGACAAUUACAGUUUGUACUCUUUAUUUUUAAAUAAAGAUUUAUAUUUGAA